GGAAACAUGUGCUGAUUUCGACGAAUUUGUCCAUUAACGCUGACCUAAAAUGCACGGUUGAUAACACUAUUCACAAGGCCAAUGCAUUUGUAUAGCUAACAUAUUAUUUGCAAAUAGCAAUACCGUCGGGAAAUCGUUGAAGACGAAAUAGGACUUACGGAAGUGCGUUGAUACAUACAUCGGCAAUGGUCUGUGAUAGUUGUAUAGGGGCGAUCGUUUUGGCAUUUUUACUCAGUCCAGUAAUAAUGCAAGGUAUCGGCAUGUUUGGUAACGACUGGGUACACAACCCGGCAUGUGACCUCGUCAGCAAGAGCACUGCGUGCUCGUGUCCAAGAAAAAAUGAAACUCACAGCACAUAUUGCGGGACCGAUCUAGAGAUUGGAGACCUGGACUACACGGCCCGUAAAUUCCAAGAAGUCUCGUUUGGUUUACUACUUUUGCCGGUUAUUUUCGGAAUACUGGAGGCGUAUUGCAACAGCAAUUCAGAGGAUGUAGGAUGUCUAGGCACCUGUAGUGGAGCACUGUUUUUGUUAUACCCUGUAGCAGGUCUGUGCAGUCUUACGGGUUGCAUCAUCAUAAAGAUAAAGUUUUCCGAGUCCAGUAUUGGUUCCUCACUCAACUACUGUGUUGCCUCUGGUCUGGAGAUCAUAAUCCUGACGGCCAUCAUCAUCGCCGUCAUAUGCUACAUCCGUCGGCGUCCAAGCCAUUCAAGCAAUGAACAGACGACGACCAUGUCCACCGGGCAACUGACAACGGCGUCACCUGUUGAACCAGUAUCGUUUGUGUCGAUUCAUGCCCAAGAAGAGACGACACACGUGGUAGAGACGGAAGGAGGAUGGGUUAUCUUACGACAACUGAACAUUUUCCAUUUGAUUUAUCAUCUCAAAUAGAAGAGAAUAUAUCUUUGAACAAACUAUAACAAACACAAUGGUUGAACAUAACAAUAUGCUUACUUGCUAAAUGUAAAUUGCUGUUCAAGCAAUCACUAGUAUAAGCAAUAAAAAUAGUUCAAUAUUUA